UCAUUAUUGUUCUCGUGCCGUUGGAGAUAGAAAUGAGUGGUAGCAAUGUUAAUCUCCCUCCUGGUUUUCGAUUUUAUCCAACUGAGGAAGAACUCGUUGUCCAUUUUCUUCAUCGUAAGGCAACGCUUUUGCCUUGUCAUCCAGACGUCAUCCCUGAUCUUGAUUUAUAUCCUUAUGAUCCAUGGCAACUUGAUGGCAAAGCACUAGCUGAAGGGAAGCAAUGGUACUUCUACAGCAGGAGGACACAAAAUAGGAUUGCAGAGAAUGGAUAUUGGAAGGCUAUUGGCAUUGAAGAACCAGUGCUUACAAGCGCCAAUAUAAGAGUUGGAAUGAAGAAAUAUUUAGGGUUUUACGUAGGAGAAGCUCCAGCAGGAAUGAAAACUAGUUGGAUAAUGGAAGAGUAUCGAUUAUUAUCACCGGAUUCUUGUUCUUGUAGUAUAAGCAGAUCAUCCAAAACAAAAGCACAUCCAAAAAUAGACUGGGUCAUUUGCAAAGUGUACGAGCGAAGCUCUGAUGAAGAUGGUGAUGGAGAAGAAUUGUCUUGCUUGGACGAAGUUUUCUUGUCAUUAGAUGAUCUUGAUGAAAUAAGUUUGCCAAAUUAA